AAGUAAGAUGACAAAAUAUUAGCUUUAAUAUACUUUAAAGGACAAAGCUAUAGCUUACUCAACUCAACAAUCACUUAAUAAUUUCUACAUGGAGAUCCAACUACAAUCUCUCCAAUUCCUUUUCUUCUCUUUCAUCUUUGUGUUUAUGGUAACAAAAUUACUCACACAAACCAUAACCUCAUCACAUUCAAAACUCCCUCCAGGACCAUGGAAAUUACCUAUUUUGGGAAACAUUCACCAACUUAUUUUUACCCCUUUAGUUUAUCAAAAACUAAGUGAUUUAGCCAAGAAACAUGGACCAUUGAUAUACUUAAGAAUUGGAGAAAUUCCAACCAUAGUAAUCUCAUCACCACAAUAUGCCAAACAAGUCAUGAGAGUCCAUGAUAUGGCUUUUGCAUCAAGACCCUCCAUUCUUUUUUCGAAAAUAAUCUUCUAUGAUUCAACAGAUCUUGCUUUUGCUCCAUAUGGUGAUUAUUGGAGGCAAUUGCGAAAGAUUUUCACGCAAGAGCUUUUAAGCGCUACAAGAGUUCAGUCUUUCAAACCCGUUAGAGAGAAAGAGAUGUUUAAUUUCAUAGAAUCAAUUUCAUCUAAUGUUGGAAGUGUUAUUAAUCUCAAUAAGAGACUUAACAUGUUGAUGUAUGGUAUUAUUUCGCGUGCAGCGUGUGGUAGGACAAGAAUUCACAACAAAGAGUUCUUGUCCGUGUUGAUGGAAGCUACUCAGAUAUCGUUAGGGUUUACACUUUCGGAUUUGUUUCCUUCGGUUAAAUUAUUUUACCAAAUUAGCCGUUCUAGGCCUAAGCUCGAGAGUCUCAAACAAAGGGCAGCCGUGAUAUUUGAAGAAAUCAUUCAAGAACACAUGGAGAAAAAAACAACAGAGAAAGGUGAUGGUGAAGUAAUAGAUGAAGAUUUUGUUGAUGUUCUUCUAAGGUUUCAUAAUAAUUGUGAUCUUGGAUUUUCCUUGACAAGUCAAAACCUUUAUGCAAUAAUCUUUGACAUCUUUGCUGCUGGAACUGAAACAUCAUCUACAACUGUUGAAUGGGCAAUGUCAGAAAUGAUGAAAAAUCCAACAACAAUGAAAAAGGCACAAGAAGAGGUUAGAGAAGUAUUUAAUAGAAAAGGAAUAGUUGAUGAGAGUGGACUUGGAGAAAUGAAGUACUUAAAAUCAGUUGUUAAAGAGUCCAUGAGAUUACAUCCUACUUUUCCUUUGUUAUUACCAAGAAUAAAUCAAGUCAAGUGUGAGAUUAAUGGUUAUGAGAUACCUACAAAAACUCAAACCUUAGUUAAUGUAUGGGCAAUUGGAAGAGAUCCUGAAUAUUGGACUGAACCUGAGAUUUUUAAACCAGAGAGGUUCUUAGAUAAUUCUAUUGACUUUAAAGGUAACAACUUUGAAUUUAUUCCAUUUGGUGGUGGAAGGAGAAUAUGUGUUGGCAUGUCUUUUGGUCUUAUUAGUGUUGAAUUUUCUCUUGCUUUGUUGUUAUACCAUUUUGAUUGGAUACUUCCUAAUGGAAUGAAACAUCAAGAUUUGGACAUGAUUGAGUCUUUUGGUGGAACCCUUCAAAGAAAAAAUAAUCUACACUUGAUUCCUAUUGCUUAUCAACCUUCAAGGAAUACAAAAUAGCAAAAUUAAUUGUUGUGUAGUUUAACAUAUAGUUAUGUACUACUUUUCAUGUGAUGUGAUAAAAUAAAAUAUUAUAUUACAUAUAAAGACUUGUUUAAUAUUUAUUA